CCUGAUCUCACGUCACACCGGAAACAAGCAGCCUGAGCGAUGCUGAAUCGUCAGCAACAACAACAAUAACAAGGGGAACCUUCCUGACUGGCAGCCGGACUCUGCCCGGUUUCUAAAUGAGCACAGCAAAGUUUAAAGUGGGCACCAGAGGAACAUAGAGCAGUCAUCAUGAAGUUAUAUGUGUUUCUGGUGAACACUGGAAUCACCCUCACAUUUGACACUGAGCUUGCUGUACAAACGGUGAAUGACCUUAAGCAUGCUAUUCAGACUAAAUACAAGAUUGCCGUUCAGCACCAGAUCCUUGUAGUAAAUGGAGGCGAAUGUAUGGCACCAGACAGGAGGGUCUGUAGUUACAGCGCUGGUACUGACACAAAUCCAAUAUUUCUGUUCAACAAAGAGAUGAUAUUGUGUGAGCGUCCUCCGGUUAUUCCCAGAACAACAUUUUCGGCAGAGAAUGAAAUGGAGCUAAAGGUUGAAGAGUCUCUCAUGAUGCCCGCUGUCUUUCACACAGUCGCCUCGAGGACGCAGCUUGCAGUGGAAAUGUACGAGGUUGCCAAGAAGCUUUGUUCGUUUUGUGAAGGGCUGGUUCACGAUGAGCAUCUUCAGCACCAGGGCUGGGCUGCCAUAAUGGCCAACCUAGAAGAUUGUACACAUUCAUACCAAAAACUGCUUUUCAAGUUUGAGAAUGCAUAUUCAAAAUAUAUACAGUCAAUAGAUGAUAUUAAAGUGAAAUUAACUAAUCUAGGAACUGCUGUUUCCGUCAUGGCCAAGAUUCCGCUGCUAGAGUGCCUAACACGACACAGCUAUAGGAUGUGUCUAGAUAGGUUGAUUUCCUCUGUGGAAGGGGAUAUCGAUGAACUGGAGAAUGAAAAGACUGCUGAAUUAGUGCAAUGUGGUGAAGAAACAAAACUAAAAAAUAUGGCUUUGCUAGCUUCUAUCAAUACAUCCGGGGAACGUACAACACAGGAAGUGCAUGACAAUCGUAUUGAGCAAGAAACUAUGGAUUCUUAUGGUCAGGAUUCAGACAUUUUAGAGGGACAUUUGACUACAGAAGGCCCGUUUAAUGUUUCCCUGUUGGACUGGAUAAAUGUGCAAGAUCGCCCAAAUGAUGUGGAAUCGUUGGUCAGGAAAUGUUUUGACUCUAUGAGCAGACUGGAUCCCCGAAUAAUUCAGCCAUUUUUGGCAGAAUCCCGUCAAACAGUUGCCAAACUGGAUAAUCAAAACAUGAAAGCCAUUAAGGGGCUUGAAGAUAGGCUGUAUGCACUGGAUCAGAUGAUUGCUAGCUGCAGUAGAUUGGUUAAUGAACAAAAAGAACUUGCUCAGGGAUUUUUAGCCAAUCAGAAGCGGGCUGAAAACUUGAAGGACCCCUCCGUGUUACCAGAUUUGUGUUUGAGCCAUGCAAAUCAAUUAAUGAUUAUGUUAACAAACCACAGAAAACUGCUGGACAUCAAGCAGAAAUGUACCACUGCCAAACAGGAGCUUGCCAACAAUUUACAAGUUCGACUAAAGUGGUGCUGCUUUGUAAUGCUGCAUGCUGACCAAGAUGGGGAAAAAAUUCAGGCUUUGUUCCGACUUUUAAUGGAGCUUCUUGAAAGGGUCAAAAUAGUUGAGGCGUUGAGUACAGUUCCUCAAAUGUAUUGCUUGGCGGUGGUUGAGGUCGUCAGGAGGAAAAUGUUUGUAAAACACUACAGAGAGUGGGCAAAUGCUCUAGUAAAAGAUGGAAAAUCGCUUUAUGAAAAUGAAAAGGCAAAAAGGGAAACAUUUGGGAAAUUGUUUAGGAAAUCUUAUUUAAGAAAUCGUCUCUUUCGAGGACUUGACUCUUGGCCUUCAUCUUUCUGUACUCGAAAGCCAAGGAAAUUUGAUAGUGAGCUUCCUGAUAUAUCUGUAAAUGACCUCCAGUUUUUGCAGUCACUUUGUCCUCCAGAAGUGCAACUUUUCCUCAGGGUACCCUUACUUUGUGAUUUUGAGCCUCUGCACCAGCAUGUCCGUGCUCUCCACAACCUGGUGAAAGCUGCACAAAGUUUGGAUGAAAUGUCUCAGACUAUUACAGAUCUGUUAAAUGAACAAAAGGUGUCUAAUGGUCAAGUUUCACCACAGUCUGCCACUACACCAAGGAUUGAAAGUGCAGCUGAAGCUACAACUACUACCUCAUCCAAAUCCCCUCCAUCACUUAGUCUUCAGGGUCCCAUUUGUCCAUCUGUCUCCAUUCCAGCACCUUUAGAAGAGUUGUCUCCAGAUAGCAUUGAUGCUCAUACAUUUGAUUUUGAGACGAUUCCCCAUCCACAUAUUGAGCAAUCGCUUAAACAGGGUUCCUUGGACUUAGACUCAUUAACGGAUAGUCCCGAAUCUGACUUUAUGUCUGCUGUUAAUGAAUUUGUUAUAGAAGAAAAUCCAGUGUCCCCUAAUAUUAGCGACACACAAAGUCCAGAAAUGAUGGUGGAGUCCCUUUAUUCAUCCGUCAUAAAUGCUAUUGACAGCAGGCGUAUGCAAAACACAAAAGGUGGUAAACACGACAGUGCCGAAAACAUAUCUUUGAAAGCUUGUGUGGACAGAUGCAAAGUCGUUGCUCAAGAAUCGCAAGCCAAUUUGCGGAAUUUUAGAGAAGAGCUUUGCCAAUUAAAAAUACUUGUACAAAAGGAGCAGAGUGAAUUUGCCAGUGCUAUUAAAUCUGUUUCUGCAGAGAUCCUAAAAAUGGUUCAACAUGCUAAUGCCUCUCUUGAAAACGCAUUGAAAGAGAAACAUUUUGAGGAAUUGCAGCUUUUAGAAAAAUCUUAUGAAAAGCGACUGCAGCUGUCAAAGGAAGACCUCAAUGUAAACGAGGAAGUCAUAAAACAGCUGAAAAAUGAUAUUACAGGACUAAAAGAAGAUUUGCAAACUAAACAAACGGAGGUUGCUGCUGUCAAAAGUGAAAAUGAAACCUUUCUUCACUUACAAAAUGAAAGAGAUCAGAAAAUGAUCCAUCUGGAAAGUGCCAUGAGGGAACAAAUGUAUGAAAUGCAAACGCUUAAAGAGUCCCGAGAAACAACCUUAGAGGACUUAAAGAAACUUCAUGCUGAGAACGAAGAAAAACUUAGACUUCUCAAGGAGGAGUUCAAAGUUUUAGAGCAAACACACCUCAAAGAAUUAGAAGAUCAUUUACAACUCAGGCAUGCGCAAGAACUUGAAGAUGUAAAAGUGGAAAAUAAAUGCUGCAUAGAAAAACUGCAGUUAGAAAAUAAACAAAAAGUGGGCCAGUUGCAGGAAUCUUCUGCAGCUGUGGUCAAGGAUAAAGAUUUUCAACUUCAAGAACUAAACCUUAGAAUUUCAGAACUUUCUGAUAUUAGAUGUAAAUUAGAAGUGGAGUUGGCACUUAAAGAAGGGGAAGUUGAUGAAAUGAAAUUAAUAAUGGAAGAAAACAAAGCACAGCAGCAGGACACUUUGAAUUACCAAGUUGGUGAGGAGACGGAAAUACUAAAAAAAGAGAUUAUUCGCUUAAAUAAUGUGAUAAAAAAUCAGAAAGGGGAACAUGAACAGGGACUGGAAGAGCUCAAAAUAUUAUUGACAAUGGAGAAAGAACAAUGUAUUUCUCAGAUGCUGUAUAGUCACGAAGCGCAAACCAAAUCAUUACAAAGAGACAGUAGUACUUUGACCACUGCCCAUCAGCAAGCACUAGAAAGAGAAAGUAGGCUUCGAGAAGAACUAAAUGUCUUACAAACUAAAUUAGAAGACACUUUGAAAGUACUUGAAACACAAACUGAGCAGCAUGAAAAGGCUGUAAAGGAACAGAAAGAGAUGUAUGAAGCUACUAUACAAAAACUUGAAGAAGAUCGAGAACAGAAGCUUGAAAAGGAAACCUUGCCACAGAAGUUUACAUGUGAAAAAGAAGAUGCAGCGCAUCUCAGUGUUAAAGACUUUGAGUUGCAUAUGCAGAAUGUUGAAAAAGAACUCUCAGAAAAAGUACAGCUCCUUCAACAACAAUUUGGCAAGAGUCCCCCUGGAGCUACAUAUAGUUUGAUCUCUGAACUCCAGGAAACGCUUCAGCAUGGAAAACAGUUAUUCGUUGAGCAUAUUGACCUGCAGGAGAGAAGAAAGGCUGAGGAGCUACAGAGCCUCAGGAUAUCCCUAAUUGCAGAGCAGCAGACGAACUUUAACACCGUUUUGACAAGAGAGAAAGUAAAGAAGGAGAAUAUAAUUUGUGACCUCAGUGAAAAACUAAAGAGUGUUACACUACAGCAAGACAGAGAUAAGGCAUUAAUUGAAACUCUAUCUGAAGACCGAGCACAUUUAUUGCAAGAGAAGAAGAAGCUAGAAGAGGACGUUGGCAAGCUUCAGAGUCUUGUGUCUUCAACUCACAUGGUUUUUCCUUCAGAGCCUGCUGGAGCUUGUGCACCUGACCCUUCUAGUGAAAUAAAUAGACCAGCUUAUGAUGCCACUGUUAUAGAGGAGGACAGAAUGGAACCCACUUUAGAUACCAGCAUGACAGCUGUACAAGAUACCAUUUUAUCUGAAGAAAAACAGAAGAUAUUGCUGUUAGAGAGAACGCUGCAAUUGAAAGAAGAAGAAAAUAAACGACUGAAUCAGAGGCUGAUGUCACAAAGCAUGUCAUCUGUGUCCUCAAGACAUUCAGAGAAAAUCGCUAUUCGAGACUUCCAGGUUGGAGAUUUGGUCCUUAUUAUCUUAGAUGAACGUCAUGACAAUUACGUCCUGUUUACAGUCAGCCCGACAUUGUAUUUCUUGCAUUCAGAGUCAUUGACUGCAUUAGACCUUAAACCAGGUGAGUACGCUUCUGGAUCAUCUAGAAGACCCUGGGUUCUUGGAAAAGUGAUGGAAAAAGAAUAUUGCCAAGCCAAAAAGGCUCAAAACCGGUUUAAAGUUCCACUGGGGACAAAAUUCUAUCGAGUGAAAGCAGUGCCAUGGAAUAAGAAAGUCUAACUGCCCUCUACCACUACUGUCAAGUUUUUCUUCUGGCUUCCUGGACAGUACUCAGCCCAAACACCUGGCCACCUUUUUCUACUAAGAUCAGAGUAGCAGUCCUCACUGGUGUUAUAUAAUUUUUCUAAGGGUUAUGUUGUAGAAAUGUACAUUUCAUCUGAGGAUUCUGCAUAUUUGUCCCAUUUUUUUCACCAAAAGUACUUAGAAAUGUGGACCAAGGGAAAUUCAUUUUUUUUCCAAGCAACAUAUGAUAAUGCAUCAUGUUUUUACCAUACUUUUCUGCCUGUUCAAUAUAAAUUAGCUUGUACCUAGAUGUUAAAUGUUAGUUACCAUUAUUACCAGCAUUUGUCUCUAAAGUGAAACACAUUUAUUCGCACUAUCGGCACUCUUCAACACAACCAUAAUAAUCUGUACAAAUUUGGCAACAGAGGAGAGUGUAUUAUGGCAUGCAGAUAAUCACCAUUUUCUUUAAUAUAAGUUUGCCUCCAUAAAGAAGUAAGAUAUCUAUAGGCCUAUGUCUCUUUACUUAAAUAUGGCUUGUUAAUAUGAAAAAGGAAAAAAAAUGCAGAUAAAAAAAUAAUUUUACUGGCUGGUCGCAGCUUUUCAAUGCACUUUUGAUUAAAUGAUUUAUUUAUGGGCUGUUCUGAAGGAAAGAAUGUAUACAGCACUAAAUGGUAUAAAUGCUGAAACAAAACCCAGCCAUAGAGAAACCUUUUAUUAUGUUCAGUAAAUUCUGUUGAUACAACUGUAUUUUAUUGAUUGAGUUUCAGACAAAAGAACUUCAUUGUACAUUAACCAUACUUAAGUAACAAAAUAUUGUAUUGCAAAAACAUGUAGAGUUUUAAAACAAUAAAGAUUUAAAACUGUAAAUGUUUGAAAAUCUGUCUUUUAAAGAUGCAUUCUGUAAAUAUAAUUAAAAAAAACACAUUAUUGUGCAUAAUUUUAUUCAUGCAUCUAAGUUAUGUGAAAUGUUAUGCUCUAGUAAUGUUUUCCAAUAAAACG